AUGGAAAUUACUCUUUAGGCGAAAAAGCUAAAGGACAAUGUUAAAUUGGUAAUGCAAGAUAUGGAAUCAAGUGAAUGUUAGAGGACUGGAAUCGAUAUUUCACCAAUCCACAGGAAAAGACAAGUCGAGUGUAUUAUUAACCUCUUUUAUAAUUCAGGAGCAGUCUUCUGGCCGAAUAAGCUUUGCAAAUUGCAAGCUCACGAAGGCCAGCCAGCCAGACAGCAGCAUCACCAUAAAGAAAUUCCGCAUCUUCCCACGGAACCCAACCCAACCCAAAUCCAAUUCUUAAUUCAAUUUAAAAAAUUACCAACUUUCCCCCUCCCCAGUUUCAUCGAUCCUCCGGUACGUUCCUCGAUUCUCAGAUUUUCUUUUGUUUGUUCCUCUCUCAAUUAUUUGAUUUCGCUUCUGGGUUCGUUUUAAAGAGGAAAUUCGAAAUUAUAGUUUGAAAUUAUGGGGCUCUAUCUAAUUCGUUUGUUUCCCACGGAAAGUGCUGAUGCGAGAUGGGGAUGUAUGUGAAUUUGGAGCUGAAUUUUAGUAUUAUUGGAACAGAGUUGUAAUUUUUCAUUUGUACUGUUCGGUUCCCUCUUCCUCAGAGUUGAGAUACGAACGACAUCUAAAAGGGUUUCAGUGUUUGUUGGAGUAAAGCUUAUAUCUUGCCAUGUGAAGCGGAUUAUGGUUGAAUAUACUUUGCAGGUUCAAUUUUGUACAGAUAUCAUUGUCGUUCAGGUUGUUUCUUUGUGGUAGAGUUCUGCUUUGGAUGAAGGGUUAUGAAACUUGAUUCAAGGAGUCAGUGGUGAUUGUAAGUGUAUCGUUGCUGAUAUUGAUCCCUACUUACAGUGGUUUCCUACUCUUUGCAGGAGAAUCAAAAGUUGGGUGUAGAAGUUUACAUAGAGGACUUGAGCUUGGAACGGAGAGAAUUAUAGUUACAGGCUAUGUAUAGGGGUGUGCCUACGACAACGACCACACGAGGUGGAUCACCCACAGGCAGUGGGGAUUCUGUCGUGACUUUAGAUCAAGUCCCAAAAUGGAGCGAUGUGGAGAGUAGGUCUACAUUUGGCUAUGAGAAUGAAGAUUCUUCAAAUCCAUUCUUCCCUGAUCCUUUGACGUCGUCACCUGAUGGGGAUAACAGUGGGAAUGGAAUGGUGGCCAGAUUCCCUGUUGAUCAUGAAAUUAACUCAAAGAUACAUCUGUGGAGAGGAAACCCAUGGAAUCUCGAGGUUGAUGCUGUAGUGAAUUCUACAAAUGAGAAUCUUGAUGAAGCCCAUAGUAGUCCCGGUCUGCAUGCUGCAGCUGGACCUGGUCUUGCAGAAGAAUGUGCGGCGCUGGGUGGAUGCAGGACAGGAAUGGCAAAAGUUACUUAUGCAUAUGAUCUUCCUGCUAGGAGAGUUAUACAUACUGUUGGUCCGAAGUAUGCUGUGAAAUAUCACACUGCUGCAGAGAAUGCGUUGAGUCACUGUUAUAUGGCUUGUCUUGAGUUACUUUUUGAUAAUGGGCUUCAAAGUAUUGCUAUGGGUUGUAUAUAUACAGAAGCUAAAAACUAUCCUCGUGAACCUGCUGCACAUGUUGCUAUAAGAACUGUCCGGCGUUUUCUCGAGAAGCAAAAGGAUAAAUUAACAGCAGUCGUGUUUUGUACCACCACCUCAACUGAUACUGAAAUAUAUAAAAGACUGCUGCCACUCUACUUUCCUCGAGAUAAACACGAGGAGGAGGUGGCCAUGUCAAAGCUUCCUGCCGAUGUUGGGGAUGAGAACGGUGAUACAGUAAUAGAUGAGCGUAAAAUCAGAAUAAAGCCUUUGCCCAAGAAAAAUAUUCCGAAUCCUCCUGAAACUCCGGAAGAUCUACCUGUUAGUGAAGUCGGUUUGGUGAGGAGAAACUCUACCUAUUUGGAUUCUUAUUUAGAUCCAGCAUUCAUGUCCUUAAUAAAGGAUCCGGAUCAGAGACGAAGGGAGCAGUGGGAAAAAACUGCUCAAGCGCAAAGUGGAUUUAACUGUGCCAAGAUGCUUGGUUUUGGCGAUCUUGGUGGUCCUCCAUUGUCGGCUGCAGAAGAAUAUUCUUUGCAUUCUCGAUAUCUUGCUAAAGCUAAUUCUCUUAAUCUCUCUGAAAUUGCAGAGAUGAAAAUUGUAUACCGGGGUGGAGUGGACAGUGAAGGCCGUCCAGUAAUGGUUGUUGUCGGAGCACACUUUUUGCUGAGAUGCCUUGAUCUCGAGAGAUUUGUGCUUCAUGUUAUCAAGGAAUUUGAGCCAGUUAUCCAGAAGCCAUUUUCCAUUGUCUAUUUCCAUUCUGCAGCAUCUCUACAGAUGCAACCAGACUUGGGGUUUAUGAGAAGAUUGCAGCAGAUACUUGGUCGAAAACACGAGAGGAACCUCCAUGAAAUCUAUGUUCUUCAUCCUACAUUGCAUCUAAAAGCAGUAGUUUUGGCCAUGCAAAUUAUGGUCGAUAAUGUGACGUGGAAGAAAGUGGUAUAUGUGGAUAGGCUUCUACAACUAUUCAAAUACGUCCCUCGAGAGCAGUUGACCAUCCCCGACUUCGUCUUCCAGCAUGACUUGGAAGUGAACGGAGGGAAGGGUCUAAUUGUAGAUCCAAGAACGAAGUAUGUGUAUCAACGACCGUCUUAGGCAUCUCUGGAGUUACUAUUCCAUCUCAACCUGACGAAAUUGACUCCCGAAAACUGCCGUCAGAUGAUUGCUCCUUCUAGCCUGCUUGGCGAGCAUCUCAUUUCGUGUACAAAGUGUAUCUGAAUUUUUUUUUUAACUGGUUUUCUGUGCUGGGCUUCUUCCUGGAUUUGUUGUUAUGAAAUCAUGGCAAGAGUAGCUUUAGUCUCUCAAUUGUUUUAUUCUAUAUCAUAUGGGGAAGAGAUGGUGAUUUUGUUUAUGAAGUAAAGCAGAAUAACAAUGUUUAGUGUUCCUUUUUUGUAUCAUGAUGGAUUUUUCUCAUAAAUGAAAAUGUGGUUUAAACUGUAAGAACGGCUUUCCAUUAUGUUUGGUAUUUGAGUAAGUUUUUUUUUUUUGUUUCAAAAGACGAAGUUGAAGUUGGGCAAACACCUAUAUAAGCUACUUUUUUAAAAAAAUAGUCCAAAAGUGUUUUACAAUACAAGCAAAAAAAGUUGUUAAUAUUAAACUUAUCAUGGUUUAAUGUUCUUUAGGAAAUAUAAAUUUCUUUUCAUUUACAUUUUAUAUAUAGAAAAUAAAUUUCAAAAAUAUUAUUUAAAAUACAAGAGAUCAAACUUUAUCCAUUUAGAAUUUUAUUUUUUGAAUUUUGUUCAUAUUUUUAUGUUAGAAAUUCAUUUUGAGAACGAUAUUGAUUCGCUUAUUUGCAAGAUCUUGUUAGGUAGUGUAAAAAAACCAGAAUAAUCACCAGCUCGAUGGCAAACAUGUGACCAUUAAGCAACUUCAAUUUUAUGUCAAAUAGCUAAGGCAACAGACUAUGCUUGUCUUUUUGAAUGAGCGUACAAUAUUUGAAGUAGGAAGUGAACGACAACGCCGACUCAUUUGUUGGAAGUCACUACAAGAAGCUUGAGGGGUCUUUUUUUUAUAUGAAAAAUAGAACAUUAUAACCAAAUAGGAUACAUUAUAUUUUUUUAGCUUGAGGUGCCUAAACACAGACGGAAUGGUUUUAGAAAUCAAUGCCUCCUUGCUUUAUAUCAAGAAGUUCAUAUAGAGUAUGUUUCUAGAGAGACAAACUUUGAAGUAGAUUACUUAGCGUUGAGCCGUUGAGUCAUUCUUUACCACUCAGAGCUCAUGUCAUAGUGCACCUUGUUAUUCAUUAAACUCAUGGAUGUACUUUGAUUUUUAGGCCAUCUCCAGUAGAUAUAGUGCCAAAGUCUAGUUCUUGUCUCUCUCUAAUAAGCACCGAAAAGUAUAGGUGGCUAUACGGUUUGUUCUGGUUAAAUUGGACCAAAUUUAUCCGGUCUUAGUCCAGUCUUUUUGGGAAUGUAAGGACCAAAGAUUGGAUUGGAUACAGUCCGGCAUUGAUCCGGUCCGGUCCCAAUUUGAUCCUGAUUUUAGAUUGAGUUUGUGGGGAUUUGAGUGUUGGAGUCUCUUAUCCGGUCAUUUUACCUCAAAUCUAAGCACGAAUAUGAGAUUGGAUUGUUUGCUAUCCGGUCCCAGUCUGAUCCCGGUCCGGGUUAUACGAUCCGGAUUCGGGUAAAACCAAACAGUCCGAACCAAAUAGCCAGCCCUAAUGAAAAGUGCCAAAAUGUUAAAAAAAAGGUUUUGGGGCUAUUUCUAGCUCGAUACAGGAAAAGAUGUAAAAAUCGAUGACCCCAUUUUUUUCUCGCCAAACGCGCCGGAGAACGCGUGUGCGCCGCACACGGCCCACUGCUUCGACUUCUUUCCCCAUUUGUCCUACACAUACUGCUUCCCGCCUGCUCUCUUACAUUUUACCAAGGUUGUCAACCCGCGGGUUGACGGUCGACUCAUUUUGACUCUGACCUAGUGAGAAAAACGGGUCGCAUGCACCCGCCGGGUCGACCGCUACAAGGUACCGGGUUGGAGGUCAAAUUGUGUCAUUUUUUUCUUUGGUUUGCGAAAUGUGCCUAUUUUCCAAUUUUUCUUUUCGCCUAACUCAAUCUUUGGAAUUCUAAGUUGAACAUUUGAAUAUUGAUGUUAUAUAAGUGUGUGUGAAUUUUAACUAUAUGUUGGAUCUAAGUACGAUAUGUUAUUUUGGUGUAAUAUUAUAUGUUAUAACUCAUAUGUUAGAUAAGAUUUGAUAUAAUUUAUGAGGAUAAGUACAAUAUAAUGACUCUUUCCAUAUUUGUGGACCAAACCGGGCUAAAAUGGUUGACCCAUUAACCCUUAACCCACUAACUCGAUCGGUCUGGGUCAACCCGUCGGUUGACAACCUUGCAUUUUGCCCAAAAUUAAUGCUUCAUAAACUAACCUAAUCAAUUUCCAUAUACUAAUUAAGUGCUCUUGUAGUUAAAGCGGACAAAUUGGAUGAAGCUAAUCUAUUAUCUUAACUGAUGAUCUCAUAUUUAAUGACGAAUUUUCCAAAUUAAAGAAUAUUACAUUGAAAUGUUCGGCUUAAUUAAUUACUAGCUUUGACCUCUGCCCUUUGGACAGGUAAAAUUAAAAAAAAAAUUAUGUAAAAAAUAUCAAAUAGAGUGUUUAAAAGUUUUUACUCCCUUCCAAAAUUUAGCUCCCUAAGACACCCCAGAAAGAGAGUGGAGAACAUGCAUCUCAAUUUUCAGUUGAAAGGAACAGUGGAAGGUACAUCCAUCUUAAUGACGCAAGAGAAAAAUUUUGUGGGCGUGUCACGUUGCCUUAUAGCUUAAACACAGGUAAUCUAUGAGAAAAAACUGCAUACAAUGCUUAAUCAUAUCACCUAGAGUUAGGGCUACUUAACGUCCGAGCUAGCGAGUGAAAAUCCAGCUGUAGGGAAUUAGAAAUCUCGAGGGAACAAAAUUGAGUUCUAAAUGAAAAUGUCGCAAUAGAAAUUUGUUGAAUGAUGUGAAUGAGCGAGAUGAUGUUCAUGAGAAAAAAUCUCGAGAGAAUGGAAAUGUUCUAUAGUUAUGGAGAUAGACAAAAUUUUGUAGAAAGUUUACGUUAAAAUGAAAUAAACUCAAAACUCAUAAUCAUUUUUAUAGAAAUAUUGAAUUGCGUUAAAACACAUAUCUAUUACAAUAAUUAAAAGAAAAAAUAUUAUUAUUUGAAUAAGUAAAUAAUUAUAAUUACUAAAAAAGAUAUUACGGUUAAGCAGGUUAACUAAUCAUCAUAAAUAAUAAUAAAUUAUGCAACAAUUUAUCUCUCCUCUUCCAAGAAGCCUGUGGGAGAAGAGGGGAGGAGUUACGGUGAUUACUAUAAAAGUAGUAAUCACUGUGGUUACUAAGGAUAAAUUGGGCAUUAAAAAUAAAUUAUAUUAAUUAAUUUUUUAAUAAAUUAGAUUUUAAGUAAUUACAAAAAUCUAUUAAUUACAAUUCUCUCUCUUUCUCUCACUUCCGUAAUCUCCAGCCAGAUCUUCUUUCCAUAUUUUUCUCAAUCUUUCUGCAAAAAAAUAAAAACACGAAAUCGCUACCAAUCCAUUAGACAACCACUACCACUUUGAAAAACAUAAAUACCAUUGCAGAAAUAAAUCUAUACCAUUACACGAAAACUACCAAUAUAAAGAAUUUAUGCCAUUACAAAAGUCAAACAAAUACCAAAACAACCAAUACCACUACUACUAUAAAACCAAAACAAUACCAUUGCACAAAUAAAGUAAUACCAUUAUGCUAAAACUACCAAUACAAACAAUCUAUACCAUUACAAGAGUCAACCAAAUACCCAAAUCAAUCAAUAUAACUACUAGUGUGAAAUCAAAACAAUACCAUUGCAGAAAUAAAUCAAUAUCAUUAUGAAAAACAAACUAUACCAUUUCAUAAAACAAAGCAAUGAACUAAUACCAAAACAAAAAAAAUUACCAGAUCUAGGUUUUAAUGUCUACUAUAAUUAUGGUUGUAUUUGUAUAUAAUUCUUAGGGCUGCUGGGACAUGGUUCCAAUAUGGAUGCUACUAUACCCACCAAAAUCAUAUAUGGGUAUGUAUGUUGUGAUGGAGAGAGAGCAGCGGGAGGUAUAUGGAGACUGGAGAGAGAGCAGCGGGAGGGCACCGACAUAAAGGGGAGGGUGGCCGCUGCGUGGCCGGCACGGAGUCAUCGUCGGGGUUGCGGCCGGCGCCUGGCGGGAUUAGUGCGACAAGAGUGAUGGAGGUGACCGUGUUGGGUUUGGUUGGAGGAAGGAUAGAAUUAGGAUUUGGGUAGAUUAUAUAGAAUAAUCAGGUGUGGUCACUUAUUCAUUUCCAAAAUUGUCCUAAAAGAAUCUUGACUGUAAGAUUAAAAAAGAAGGAAAAAUAAUUAAUCAAAUCUACAAAACACUAUAAGGCAAUGUCUACAUACUGCUUUUGCCACGUCAGUCCCUCCUGAAUCCGCCGUACAAUUCGGAAGGUCAUUACCGUAAAUUCACUAACCUUUCUCUUUUGCGCAUUUUCUGUCUUCCAAUUUCCCACCGCAAAUCGACCCCUAUCUCUCUCUCUCUCUCGCCGUCCCUGCACAUUCCCUCUUCCAAGCCCUACCGAAAAUCAAAGUCUUUACCCGCUAUCCGAACAUAGUAAUUGAAGACCUCUCACUCAAUUGAAGACUGUUCAUUCUCUCAGCAUCGUCGUCUCUGUAUUUCUUGCUCUGGGCCGCAGUCUUUUGUUGCCAAUCUGCUUUGACGUCGACUCUGUGUCUCCCACAUGCUCCGAAUAUGUCGCUAUUUCCGUCCUUCGCGCUCUGUGGUCUCUCUCCAGCGACAAAGAAUUCCAACCCAUCUCAAAUAACACGUCUCUCUUGCUCUCACUGAGCAGAGUUGAGAAACCUCACAUAGCUGCCUAAUCAAAGUUAUAUCUCCUUUCCAGUAAGUUCCCUCAUAUUGGUUUCUUGUAUUUUGGCUUCUCGGAAUUUGAUGGGAUUUUCGGGCCGCUUUUCUUCCAUGUAAUUUUCCUUUUCUAAUGAGUGUUCAAUUCAAUUGGUAACAUUACGCGUAGCUGGUUUUGUUCUAAAGUGGCGUACUGAUUUUCUAUGCUUUGGACGGAAUUUAGACCCAAUUUUUGGAUUGGGCUCGGAGCCACAGUUUGUUGAAGAAUAAAUUUCCCUGACUGAUUUGUUAGCUUUGUUGCUGGGAUUGUUCUUGGUGAUCGAUGCAGUAAUGCCCGCAAGCGUUAUCGCGGUGAUACUUCUACUAGCCAGAAUAAAAUGUGGCAUUUAUUUCCAACACUCUCAGUCGAUGUAAUAUUCUCAUUCUGUAUAUCCCUUUGAUGUUGUGUUAAGAUUGUACGAAAUAUAUGCAGGCACAACAUUUUCAAUUGCAAAAGCAAAGUAAGCUGAUAACUUUAUUUUGUUUUCCUGCAGUAUGCAAUUUUGUUGUUUCAAUGUAAUAGGAAUCACAAUAUUAGUUAAUAUGGAGGAAUAGGGAUGCAGAAUCAUGACAUUUUCAGUUUGACUCCAUGUUGACUUUGGGUACAGAGUGAAACUCCAUUUGAAAGUCUAUUCUGGUGAAGCAUAUUUUGCAAUUUGGUGUAUGAAGGCCUGUGUUUCUUUGCGGUAAUGGCUGAUGUAUUUUCAAAGUAAAUCUGAGGAAGAAAGAACCCAUUCUACUACAAAUCCAGCAGGUAGUGAACAUGAGAUUGAGAUUACAUGUUAAACUUACUCAAUUUAACUUCUUAAACUCUCCAACUGAGUAUUCUGUGGUUAAUGUGGAGCAUGAUCUACUUGGGGUAAGUGAUGAAUAUAUCAGCAUGCAGCAGCACAUCCAUUCAUACGGUAGAAGAGGGUACCAUAUUGAUCUCCAUCAUUUCAAUUUAUCUUAUUGUUGUAAUUUGAUUUCAGCAAUUGAGUGAGACAACAAGUCAACUCCACGCGAGUGCAACUCCUAUCUUGGAGGAAGCCAGCAAGACUAAGCCAAAUCCUGAGGUUCUUGGAGAGACAACUUUUACAGGGCAGAAAAGAAAACAAGGAGGAUGCAUGACUGUGACCCCAAGGAAGUGUCGUAGUAUUGUUGGGAAAUUUGUGCAGUGGAGGGCCACGUUGUGAUUCUUAUUUUAAGUAUUAUGUUUUCCAUAAUAGUAUGUUUGUGAAUGAGCAGCCGUUUAGAAGCUUAGCUGUUGUCAUUAGUUUGUUGUCUUAAAGCAGAAUGAAUCUUAGGAUUGCUA